AUGUCUGUCCGGAGGCACAUUGGGAAUCCGGAGUAUCUGACCAAAAGAAUACCACAAAACCCAAGGUAUCAGCAUAUCAAGUCAAGACUGGAUACUGGUAACAGUAUGACUAAAUACAUUGAGAAGCUAGAAGAGAUCAAAAAAAAUUAUAGAUACAAAAAGGAUGAGCUUUUGAAGAGACUAAAAGUUACAACUUUUGCCCAGCUGGUCAUCCAAGUUGCUUCCCUAUCUGAUCAAACACUGGAAGUGACAGCUGAAGAGAUUCAAAGGCUAGAAGACAAUGGCUCUUCGACGACUUCAGAGCCCGAUGGGGAGAUCGGUGCCAGGACCAACGGAAAGGGGAGCCCGGGGGAACAGUCGCCAAGCCCCAUGCAGUUCAUAACGAGCGCGGGACCCGGGGACUCCAAUCGCUCCACUCUGCAGAGCGUCAUCAGUGGUGUUGGGGAACUGGAUCUAGACAAAGGGCUAGUGAAGAAAGCAGAGUCCAACACCAAAGACAAACCUUAUCCCGACUGCCCCUUCCUGCUACUACAUGUGCGAGACAGAGAUUCUUACCAGCAGUGCCACAUUAUUGGAGCUUAUAGUUACCCAAUUGCAACUCUGUCUAGAACGAUGAACCCUUAUUCAAAUGACAUUCUUGAAUAUAAAAAUGCCCACGGCAAGGUCAUCAUUCUGUACGACGAUGACGAGAGGCUGGCCAGCCAGGCGGCCACCACCAUGUGCGAGCGGGGCUUUAAGAACCUCUUCAUGCUUUCCGGAGGUCUAAAAGUCUUAGCUCAGAAAUUCCCAGAAGGACUGAUUACAGGUUCCCUGCCAGCAUCUUGCCAGCAGGCCCUUCCUCCUGGCUCUGCCCAGAAGCGAUCCAGCCCCAAAGUGCCGCCCCCACCAGCUGAGAAUAAAUGGAGGUUUACCCCAGAAGACUUAAAAAAGAUAGACUAUUACCUGGAAGAGGAUCAGGGUCCUGCGGACAAUCCCAGAAGGCUGAGCCAAGCGAACGCCGCUGGAAGAGACUCCAAGGUUCCAGGCGCCCGCGGCAGUCAGAACCUGCCCGCCGGGGGCCCUGCUGGCCCCCCAAACCCCCGCUCACUCAGCAGCAGCCACCUGCAAGGCAAACCCUGGAAGUAAAAACUUUGUCCGUCUUAGUCGAAUAAAUACUUUUUCUCCUUUCGG